UCUUUGGCAGAGAUAUUGUAAUGCCUGUGCUAUUGACAGCGGCAAGUGUCAACUACGAGUACGGUGCGCUUGCUGAAGCUCGUCGGUGACAAUGGUAUAGGUAGUGUGUUGUGAGUAGCAUUCGGAUGAUGUAGUGACUGGUGACUCAUGGCAGAGUAACAUGCUGCCCGUCUUUGUUAUUUCGUAAAUGCAGCAUAUUGUGUUGAAGUGGAAUUACACGAAAUACUGGCCGUAUUAUUUUCGUACAGUCGCUAAGUGAAAACACGUCUCAGUCAACGCCAAGAAGACUAACAAAUCUGCCUUGCGUUUUAAACCAGAUACCUAAGUUGCUGUGGCUUUCGAAAGAACGCGCUGACUUUUCAAAGAGGGUGUAAUUCGAGUUUUGGAAUAUGGAGUACUCAGUCAAUACCAGGCCACUACUUCAACAGAGUGAAAGUGAGAGUGAUUUUGACGAUGGAGCAGCAACGAAAAAUCGUCCUGCCGAAGAUGAUGACCAUGUUGUCGUCACAGAUGAUGUCAAACCUCUGUUUAAAGUCAGGGAACCGUGUGACAGGUUUAACCUAGCUUAUGUUAUAUUUUACCUGUUGGGAAUGACUACUUUGCUUCCGUGGUGUUUCUUCAUUACAGCUGAUGAUUACUGGAUGUAUAAACUGCGGGAUGUUAAUCAGAGCUCUUUUGAGGUGUAUGACCUCGAUAUUGAUCAGAAAUCAGAUUUGCAAGCCAGUUUCACAGCUUACCUCAGUGUUGCAUCAACAGUUCCCAAUACACUCUUCCUUGUGUUGAACUCCUUACUUAGUCACAGGAUAUCAUUAAAAAUACGAAUGGUGGGAUCAGUUUCGAUUGUUGUCUUACUAUUCAUUGAGACCACAGUCCUGGUAAAAAUAGAUACAGACAAUUGGCAGGAGAUCUUUUUUAUAGUCACGCUGGCAACAGUUGUGGUUCUUAAUAUUGCAUCUGCUGUACUCCAAGGUGGCCUCUUUGGUAUAGUUGCAAAGUUUCCAUCGCGGUAUAUCACUGCUGUUGUCAGUGGUCAAGCUCUUGGAGGAAUAUUUGCUGCUCUUGCAGAAAUUGUGUCCCUAUGCAUUGGAGCCACACCAGUCAACAGUGCAUUUGUUUACUUUAUGAUUGCUGAUGGAACACUGAUUCUAUCAUUGAUUGCAUAUCUGGUGCUUUCACGUUCGGUAUUCUUCCAGUAUUUUACAAAAGAAAAAGAAGCAGUGAGUACACUACAAUAUGAACCUGCUACAAUUGAAGCAAUUGACAGGCAGCCUGUAAGAGAAAUUUCUUAUAAAACAAUUCUCAGUAAGAUGUGGGUGUACGGAUUCUCAGUGUGGAUGACUUUUUUCGUGACCCUUUCUUUAUACCCUUCUGUGACUGUCCUUAUAAAUUCAACAAAGAAAGGGAAUGGUUCUGCUUGGAAUGAUAUCUACUUUGUUCCUGUGGUUGCUUACUUGAUCUUCAGUUUGUGUGAUUACAUUGGUCGAAUCACUGCUGGAAUUUUGAAAUGGCCCCGUGGCAGUGCGUGGCUGAUAGGGCUUAUCAGCAUCUUAAGAGUUGUAUUCAUUCCACUAUUUCUGAUGUGCAAUGCCCAUCCAAGACACCAUGGCAUGCCUUUGCUUAUAAAUUCAGAUGUGUAUUACAUCAUACUCAUGGUGAUUUUUGGUCUUUCAAAUGGAUAUUUGGCAAAUAUCACCUUGAUAUGUGUUCCAAGAGUUGUGGAUGCUGCUGAACAGGAGACUGCAUCAUCUAUGAUGGCUGCAUUCCUUGGACUAGGGCUGGCAUGUGGUUCAGCUCUUAGCUUGUUGUUGAUUAAAGUGUUGUGAAUUUUUAGCCUGAAUUUAUUUUAAUUUUUUAUGUCAGCAUUUUUUGUGCUGUUUCUUUUACAUUGGUUCAGUACUUGGUCACAUUAACUGCCAUGCAUUUAGUAACUCGUUACUUAAGUGCCAUUUUUGUUUUAAAAAUGGAUGUUAUACUUCCUUGUAGAUUUCUCUGCAAUGUGAGAAAUUAAUUAAGCUUUGUAAAAGCUGUAUUAUGUAAAACUUGUGGUCCAUGUUGUAAUGACUGCUUAAGUGGAACAGUUGUAUUGUAUGUCCUAAUUCUGACCUGAAAAGUCGUUUUGGACUGUGUGCCAAACUUGACAUACUUGUUGUAUAACGGACCUUCAACCCCUUAUGCUUCCAGAUCAUACUGACAAUUACUAAUCAGAAUUUCUACUGGAUUUGCAAUUUUAAGUGGUCCUUGUUUCCAUAUUGCUAGAACAUCAGCAAAUAACACAGUGUUUGAAAUAGCAAGUGUUUGAAAUGUUAGGUAGACCAGUAUUAACACACAAAUGGGAAUGUAGAUGUGAACACAAAUACAUUAAUGUUAACUCAGUGCUUUGAUAUGUUCUUUGUCUACAUGAUUACUCUGCAAUUCACACUGUAAUGUUUGGUAGAAGGUUCAUGGAACAACUUCCAGAAUAACUAAGAUUAAUUUCUCAUUUGGUCUUAGUCAACUGCUCAGUUCUUUCCCAAUCUGUUGCUCCUUCCUCAACUAAACCUACGUCUCUGAAUAAGGAACAUAUAUGGGAGUAGUUAUAAAAUUUUAAAAAUCACCUCAAAAAUAGAUGAAGAUGAGAGAAACAUUUUUGAAAAAUGGAGUUUGUUCUAGCCAGUCUUAUGUGAAAUUGUUAACUAGUUCUGCCUUCAAAUUCAAGGCCAUGUUCAAUAUUACUUCAGGGGAAGCCUUCGGUUAAUCCAAUGGAACAUUUCUCCAUGAGUGCCACACAGUGUUUUCAAACAAUGGAAACUCUUCAGUUGGAAUAUCAACAUUAUAAGGAAAAGGAUAGAUUACUGUUCACUGUAGAGAUGGCACACAUGAUUGCUGUCUCCAGCAGCUUGGACUGCGAUGCAGUCUACUCAUUCUACCUGUCUGCAACUUGGUGUGCCAUCUUUAUGGUAGGUAGCAAUCUAUACUUUUCCUUAUCAUGUUGACAUUGAGUGUGUUGUAGGCAGAGUGACUUUCUUUAUCGUUCCUUUAGCGCACAUAUUUGUAGUAUUCACAAUUUCACUAAUAAGAUUGUCAGUAAAGAAGAGUUGGAAAUGUUCUAGUCUGCAUUUUGGUCAAACACCAUAAGGAAUUGUGAAACCUUGAUGUGUGACAGAAAAAGCGAACUUCAUGAAAUCAACCUUGCCAUCAUAUCAUCUUCCACGUACUUGAUACAGGUUGUGUAUCUUCAUCACUUUCACUCCAUCAGUAGAAUCUGAUUCAUUAGAACUUAUAUCACUGACCACAGUGCAAAGUUACUUCCGAUCACUUUCAUCACUUAAUUGUCCUUCAUGCUUAGUGUCUUCGAGGGGCCAUUCUGGCAAUAUCAUCAUCGCAUGUUUUCUACCAGCUAUAAUCUGCUACAAAUGUUAGAAUGCAACACACUUUGAGUUACACAUCUUUAUUCCAAGUGCUGCUGUUCACCUAGCACACUCCAACAAUAGAGCGGAUGGAAAACACAGUAAUGGAAAUCUGUUAUACAUCACUCGACACCUGAGCCAUAGCGGAAAAUCAUAAUGAUAGACGUAGUGUGAUAGUAGAUCUGAAAGGGUUAAAGCAUUUAACAAAGUAAGUUAGUCUGGUUCUCUUUGAUGUUCUUUAUAUUUGUAAGAUUUGAAGCUGAAGGAUCAGAUAUCAGUUCCCUAAAGCAGUAUGAUUCAAUUCCAAAAAAUCAGUUUGAAGGUUAGAUUUCCAACUGCUGUCAAGUCUAAAACAUUUCAAGUGUACUAACAAUGCGAUCAGUAACUGUGAAUGUAGAGUAGAUGUCUAAUAAUAUUAGUCACUGGUUUGAAUCUCAUUAGCAGCAACUUGACAUUAUUUAUUUUAUAAUUUGGUAUAAAACAUCAAAUAGAAAAGUAAAUAAUUUGUUUCUAGAGUGCUCAGUAUUAUAAGUGUACAUAUCUCAUUUAUUAAUGAAUUAUGAUUCAGUAUUUUUUAAUAUCUCCAUUCAUUUUUAAAUGUGAAAUUUAAAUAAAAGGCAAAAAAGCUGCUGCAGGUGAGAUUCCUACCAGUGACUUUAUUGUUUGUACUUAUCAGUGCUCAAAAAUCUUAAUGUUCAGGUUGAGCUGCUUUUUUUUA